UUCAGGAAUAUACUGGGCCAAGAUUAGUUAAUUCUGCGUUGUUUCGGAUUUAUUGUAAAUUCUGAAAGCAGUUGUUACAGUUCAAAUGCGAUAGUCGAUGUUGCGUUUUCUCCGGAGUCACAUACAUCCUACCGGGGAUUUCAGGAACGCAGAUAUCCACGACUUUUUUGAAUAUACUCCUAAUUUGCGACAUGGAUUCCCUCAGCUGGUAUCGUCAUUGGCGUACGACUAUGUAUUGGGUCUUAUGGCGGUAGGUACCAGUGAUGGACAAGUUCGCAUAUUUGGAGCAGAAAACGUGGAAUGGAGUUCAGCGACACCUCGAAAUACUCCCAUUGCUCAUAUGUAUUUCGCUGCAGGCCUGGGCUCUCUUAUUGUGCUUUGUUCGGAUCAGUCUUUUCAUAAAUUUCAGAUUGCUGGUGACAUAAUUGAGCGUACCACUGCUACUACUGAAGACAGGUUGAAACGGAUAACAUGCUGUGAAAUGCAAAAUCCGCAGGACCCGACGAAUGCCCGUCUAUUUAUUGGUACUAUUACGGGUAAUAUAUUUGGAUUGUAUGCUGCUUCGCUCGAAUUCUCCGAAGUGUUACUUUUUGAGGAGACAGUUGUGAAAAGCAUCAACCCUUCAAAAGACGUUGGAAGAUCGGCUAAUCAGAUUGUGGUGAGUCCGACUGAUGCUAGUCAAGUCCUGAUUGCAUUCAACAAUCAUAUCAUUGUUCAUUACAAUUUGCUGAACAGUGAGGUGCUCCAUCAUUGGAUUGUUCAGCAAACAAUUACUAGUUUUGCCUGGCAUGUUGAUGGAGAAUAUUUCAUUUGUUCGCAUAGUGAUGGCUCCUUAGGCACAUGGAAGAUUCAGUGUAUGGAACCUAUGGAACCAUCUGUCAUACCAUUUGGCCCGUUUCCAUGUACUUCCAUUAACAAAGUACGAUGGAUCUGUGGGUCCAGCCACCCGUCACCGAUUAAGUUAUUCACCGGCGGAAUGCCACGUGCUUCCUAUGGUGAUCGCUACACGUUAACAGCAAUGAGAGAAGGUAAAAUGGUGGUAUUCGAUUUUGGCAGCGCAGUUGUUGACUUCGUUGUUCUGCCCUCACUACAAAGCCACAAAUAUGCGGAUUACAAAAAUUGCUUGGCACUGAUGGUACUUUGUGAACAGGAACUCGUAUGUAUCGAUUUGACCGAUGGAAGCUGGCCGUUACUUAAUUUACCUUACUUGCAUCCGAUUCAUUCAUCUCAGAUUACAUGUGUUAUACACUAUUCAAAUAUUGAAGAGCAUGUAUGGAAGGGGCUGAUUAAGGCGAGCGAAGCACAAAAUAAAUUGGCAUCUAAGUAUAAGUGGCCUGUUCAUGGUGGUGGUGAUGCUCAGAUACCUGCUCCCUGCGCUGCCACGAACGCAGAAAAACGGCAGCUUUUAAUUACAGGGUUGUCAUUCAGGCACGAAGACGGUACUGUGAAAUUCUGGUCAACUGGUUCUGUCAGUUUGCGUUAUUUGUUAAAAAUUAAUACAGCAAAAGAAUUUGAGGGGUGCUUUUCAGUAGAUACCGACACUGAUGGAAUAGAAUAUGAAUUUGAAAGUAAUUCAGUUGAACUUUCCAAUAACGGAGCGUCUGAUGACGACUCCAAUGAAAUUACUGAUUGGCCUCCUUUUCGCAAGGUUGGAACAUACGAUCCAUUUUGUGAUGAUCCACGUUUAGCCAUACAGAAAGUGUAUUUCGAUGUGACCAGUGGACAGUUGGUAAUAGGUGGUCGUGCUGGUCAUGUUAUCGUAUAUGAUUUGGAUGACGAAUCAUCGGCGGCAUUAACCGUAAUGCGAACAGAAUAUGAGGUUGCAGAAAAAUCGAAGUUACCAGCGAACAUCAACCAGCAAGCUUUGCCUCCUCGGCAAGCUUCACUGGCAUAUGCAGUUGGAUAUCAGCCCUUCAAAACGGAUCAGAACCGAAGCUAUCUUAUUCAGUUGCAUCCGCCAGUUGCGAUAACAGCAGUAGCGUCUCUUCGGUCACGCAAUCUUUUAGCAUUUGGAUGCGAGUACGGCUUUAUGAUGUGUGAUUUGAAAAGUCAGGCAACGCUUAUAUCUAGAUGUCUGAUUAUUUCAAAAGAACUAGCAGACACAAGUACAUUAUCAAGGUUUAAAAGCAUGAAGAAAUCGAUACGUCAGUCUUUUCGUCGUAAGAAAAAAGUUCCACAAGGUAGAACUCAUUCCACUGAAGCAUGUCCAGCAAUUAAUGAUGACCUCGAUGAACUGAGACCUGUUGAGCGCCAGAUUAUUUCUCGAACUGAGACACCUCUCAACGUUGGUGAUCCUCCUAUUUCUACGGUCCGAGUACUUAGAUUCUUCCAUACAAACAUUCUUUCUACUGCUUCCCGUACCGAUAGUCUUUGGAUUGGAACAAAUGGUGGAGUGAUAUUUGCUUAUGCAAUAUUGGAUGAUGCACUAAAACCAGAAGAUGUAUGUGUUCUCGUGAAGGAAGUGCAGUUGCAACAUCGAGCUCCAGUUAUUGAUUUCACCUGUGCAGCUAUUGAUGGGUCUCACCUUAUAAAGGGUUUGACAGGUACAGAAAGAUUGAUCAUUUAUACCGAAGAGCAAAUCAAAACAUUCGCACUCCCGACAAUGAAACCAACCAGAUUCCGAUAUAAAUUUACGGGUGUGGAAGGUUCACGAAUUAGAAAGGCACAGCUUCUUACAUUGCGAUCAGCUACAAGUGCAUCAUUCAGUACUUCCAUACUGAUUAUUUGCGAAAAUCGCAUUCCAACAUUUAUUUUCGUUUCUUGUACUUGCAUUUAUAGCCGCUAUAGUGGAGUUUCACAAUUCAAGUGAUAGAUCGGAAAUUGUAUGAAAAAUUUAUUGUUAUCAUCACGAAUCAAGGCGAAUUGUUUUUGUUUUCUGCGUUAACUGUUAAACAGUACCUGAAAAUUCACUUCACAAAGGCUUCUGACGUUGAGGGGAUCGCUUCAGCUGUUUUGUCGGAAAACGGUGAAAUAUUUUUUCUACGUCCAGGAGGUAGUGAAUUUCAGCGCGCUUCUGUUGCAGCUAUGCAGCAUAAUAAUUUGAUAUCGCCUCUCAAGGACAGCGAUUUCCCCAAAAUUUAAUUAUUAUACUCUUUGAAAUUUUCGAAAUUGUUCCGUUGUGUUUAUCAUCUUUUACCGUUCAGAAUUGAAGUGUUCUUAGAGUACCUAUGCAUUUCUUGUUUUGUUAGCUAUGAGCAUUUUUACAGUACAAAAACUUAAAGUUAGCUUAGGAACCUCGAAGUUAAGAGAUGACUGGGAAAAUCCUGGGACCUAGAUUUAUUAAACUUAUUCUAAUAUCUUAUUUCAUUUCUUUCCCGCAGGUUGUUUGUCCUUUACAGUAGUAUUAUCUUAACUUCUGUAUCAUUAUGUUUCCUUGGUAUGAUUACCUGCCGUCCAGUUACUAGAUGGAGAAGCAACAAAAUAUACACGCUUAUUUUAAUAUAUUUGUUGGUUCGAUAUGGUUGUAAUUCGCUGUGGUUGUAAUUUAGAAAUGUUACUUGUAAUUUCUCACGUAAGUCCUUGAUUGCAUCGUUUUUUUUUUCAAUGAUGGGUAAAAAGUUUCAGAUUCAUAUCUGUCUUUUUCGAAAGAAUAUAGGAUUACUACUUCUUUUCUUCAAAUAAUCGUACCUCGUGCUUGACAUGAUGUAUUAUAUGGAUUGCACGACUUUUCAGAAUUAAUCACUGAUUAUGUCAAUUGUGUUUUCGAUGGCUUUUGAUUUAUACUAUUUUUCAUAAUUCACGUUGUUCUGUUUGUUUAAAAGACAAGGGAGUUGUGUUCGCUGCUUAAUUGGUUAAGUGUAUUUCAUUCAGAAACUAGCUGGGUUUCUAACAGAUCUUUUGUCUAAUAAGUCUGAUUUCGCUGCACUCAACGUGCAAAUCAGAAAAAUUCUUAUCUGUUUGAUAAGGUUGUAGUUAUUGAUCUAGAGCAAUCACUUAUUUUAUACAACACCAGGUAUCGAAAAAAAAAAAAAGAAA